AUGUCCGUGUCACUGGCGGACUCUUACCGCGGCCAUGCCAUCAACUUUCCCUCAUCGGCUAAGCAUGAUGAUCAUGGCUUGAUUGCGUAUGAUUCGUCCGAGUCGGAGCUUCGUGACAAACUGAGCGGAGCUGUGUACGGAACCGACAAUAUUCCCUCCCUGUUUAAUGGACAGCCGCCAACGACAGAUUCGAUACUACCACAUCCCAUACCCCAAACCAGAGAUGAUCCUUUAUCUCAUUCUAUAUACUCGCCUUCAUCGUCGCAACAGUUACCUCACCCCCCGACAUACGGCUACGAUAUAUCAGGUCCGCUCAACAGCCCCAGGGGCCAAUUUCGUUCAAGAAGCACCCGAAAUGAUGGCCACAUAUCACCGCAUUUUCCGGCUUUGGCAUCUCUUCUCAUAAAUACCAACUCCUCGGUUACAGAAUCUGGCAUCCUUCUUGACCCUUCGUUGCAUCAGCCUCAUAGCUCGAUAUAUGACCCAGCGAUGUCCCACAACGCCCUUCUGAAAACCUCUUUGCCAGAGAAGCACCAUCACACACUUCCACAGUCAAGGGAUUCCGAAAAUAUGGAUGAUGAUAUCGCUAGGCAAACAAGGCCGCCAAAUGUGGUGGGACAUAUGGGAAUGCCCGCACCUGCCCCUCGCCCCAAGGCACCCAAGACAAGAUUUACCGCAGCAGAGGAUGCGCUACUCGUGCAUCUUAAAGAGGAUAAGAACUUGACCUGGCUACAAAUUCAAGACUUCUUCCCGGGUCGAACACACAAUACUUUGCAGGUCCGCUACUGCCAAAGAUUGAAAACGAAGGAUGUAAGCUGGACGGAUGAGAAGGUCAGUGUUCACUCCAUCCAACUACCCAGCCAGGUACAACGACUGCGGCGUGCAAUAGCGCAGUACGAACAGGACCGAUGGAGGAUCAUCUCUAGCAAAGUUGGCAAAGGAUUUGGCCCUGAGGCGUGUCGAGAACGGGCCACUCUUUUAGGACGAAGCCCUUCUCGUGGAUUGUAA